UGGCAGAGCUGGAGCCCCGCCCCCUCCGCGGACGCCCCGCCCCUUCCCCCCGCACGAGCCCGAGCGCGGAGCGAGCGAGAGGCAGGAGCGACAUGGCGCCUUUGAGUGAUCUCCUGGGGACCGCCGAGGAUGUCGCUGACCAGUUUCUGCGAGUAACAAAGCGUUUCCUGCCUCACGUUGCACACUUGUGUCUGAUCAGCACAUUCCUGGAAGAUGGGAUUCGCAUGUGGUUCCAGUGGGAUGAUCAGCGAGAUUACAUCAGCAAUAGCUGGCACUGUGGGGCUUUCUUUGGCAUUCUGUUCGUUUUGGUUAACAUGAUUGGUCAGAUUGGUGGUUGCAUUCUAGUGCUGACUCGGAAGUUUGUACCUUAUGCUUGCUGUGGUUUAUUUUCACUCAUUGUUUUGCAGACUGUUGCAUACAAUAUUCUCUGGGACUUGAAAUUCAUUAUGAGGAGUCUUGCUCUUGGAGGUGGCUUGCUACUGCUCUUGGCUGAAUUUCGAUCAGAAGGGAAGACUAUGUUUGCGGGUGUGCCCACCAUGGGUACUAAUUCCCCACGUCAGUACAUGCAACUGGGCGGUCGUGUCCUACUUGUCCUGAUGUUUAUGACUUUGUUGCACUUCUCCUUGAAUGUGCUAAUGAUUCUUCAAGAUAUCAUUGGCACUACUUUGAUCAUUCUCGUGGCUGUUGGAUUCAAAACUAAGUUGGCUGCGCUUACACUGGUCAUUUGGCUCUUUGUGUUGAAUGUGAUUCAGAAUCCAUUCUGGCAAGUUCCUGUUUACAGACCCCUGCAUGACUUUCUAAAGUAUGACUUUUUCCAAACCAUGUCUGUAAUUGGAGGCCUUCUCUUGGUUGUAGCAUUGGGGCCUGGUGGAGUCUCGAUGGACGAACAUAAAAAGAAGUGGUGAUGGGUAUCCUGCAAAGAUAAAUAUAUAUUUGUGUAAUUUUUUAAUUAUUUUUACAACUGUGAAGUGUCUGUCUGAAGACUUUUUUUCACCUGGUUUCUUUCAUGUGAAAUUUUAAAACCACACAUCCAUUUUUUUCCCUUCGCUGCAGUAUUUAGGUAUUAAAUUGUGUUAAAAUUGGUGCCAAAAUUUACCAAGCAGUCAGCUGGUACAAUCUUUUUCAUAGCUCAGACAGUAUCGGAAGCUGAUUGACUGGGAGAUACUUCCUUCCUCUUCAACAUUUCAGACAAUCUAUUUAAUGAAUUCUAUUAGCAAGGUGACUUCAUGACUACUUAGAAUAGUCUCUUAGGUUUAAUAGUGAAGACGGACAUCGAAGGCAUGAUGGCUCUCACACAUUCCUCAAUCUCACACCUUCAUUUCAAAUGCUAUCAUACAUAAAAUAACUGCUGUAUAUCUUAUUACAUUGGUCCAGUUGAUCCAAAAAUCCUGUCAUUUGACCAUUUCAAACUAAGUAAGUAUUCGAAUGCUAUGAACCUUAAAACAUGGAACAGCGACCUUAUUACAAUUUGAAGUGCCUUGCACUAUAACGUGUUAUUGUUAUGAAUUUCAACUUAGUUCUUACACUGAAGGCAACUUUAAGACUGUUUGUGUCCUUUUCCUGGCCAGUCUGAAGACCAAAUGUUUGAUUUUGCUCUUAUUGUUUUAAUUAAGUGUCUUCAGGAAGUCAGCACCUGGCAACUGAAUAAUGAGUGGGCACAAUACCUGUACACUGUGACUGACUGAAUAAGCAGUCAAGUACCCAAUUGGAGCCAAGCUUUGUGUAACCCUUAAACAACCUUUUAGCAGACACUGUACCUAAAAUGGUUGUUAUUAAUUCUGUUUUGCUUGUUCUUUAUUAACUCCUUAGCUACCUUUUCCAUCCUUGGAGUGCUAAUUAUCUUUAUUGGUCAUAUUUUAUAAAUCAAAAGUUCUCCUAUUUUGCCUUUGCCGUUAAGCAACAAGCAAGUAUGAUGGACUGGUGCUUUGCAGUCUUCCUCUUCUCUUCCCCUAUUGAUUUGGAAGUGCCUAUAUUCUGUAGAGUGUCAAUCCAGGAGAGCACAGCGAAAAGUUUAAACAUUGGAUAUUCUAAUUUACCAAGUAACUAGUAACUAUGUUUUGAUUGCUGCAUGGAGUUACCACUAAAGUGGGAGAUCUGAUAGAGAUUAAAAUAUUUUGAUGUUCAACCUUCUCUGGUAACCCUGUUGCUGUUGACUUUCUGUCUGGAGUUGCAAUAAGAAAGAUUCAGGAUGGGGAAAAGGCUGCAGGUUACACAUAUAUGAAAUCAAAGUUCCAAGACUUGCAAAAAUUCAAGAGUUUCACUCAUUGAAGCCUCUAAAACCUGAGGUAUUGUUGGUACAUAAUUUGCCAAAACCACCUUAUGCAGACACAUAACCAUUUUAUAAAUAGUUUUUAAUGUGUUUAGUAUGAAUGUGUCUGAAGAUUCUGCAGCAGUAUAUGUUGGCGAUGCUGACUUUUGAAUGUGUUGACAUUGUGGCUGUUUUUGCAGUACUGGAUAACAUUAAAUGCAAUGAAAAACUUGUAUAUGGAAUCUAAACUACAGUAAAGGAGGCUGACUUAUUUUCCUUUCUGUAUUUCCUUCUGAAAGCUCUGAUUUCAGACCGUAAGUUCUGGAUCAUUAAAAAAUAACACAUUCCUCCUGA